AGCUCCUAGAUUACCUAAAACGUCUGUCUGCUUUAAUCAAACUUGCAAUAUAACAGAAACUAUAGUUGCCCGGCCAGUAUAACAUAUCUAAGUUAGCAUAAAUUUAACUUUACAUACAGUAUGAAGGAGAACUGCCAGCCCAGUCUGCAAGUCCAGGGGCACUGUGCCAUAGCACAAGGCUUAGAUAUCAACCAGGGUCGUCCAAAAACACUAAGAUACUGAAGAUAUUCAGGAUGGAUCUUAUCCACCCCAAAAGUCUUGCCACCAUGGAGUUUUUUUUUUUUUUUACUUUACCACCUCUGUGCCUUAAGCUUGGGUGAGGUUGAGGAGAUUCUCAAAGUAUUCCUUCCACUCUUCCAAUAUCCUCAGUCAAGGUCACCAUCUCACAGCGCCUAUUAUAAACUGUGUUACCAAAGCAUUGCUUUCCUCUCUGAAGCACUGCACAGAUUGCCAGAAAUGCUCUGAGGUCAACUGAUUCUCUUUCUCCAUGGUUACUCCUCUCAGUUUUUAAUGUUUUUAUUCGGCCACCCCCUGGGCCGUAGCAUGCUAGACCUGCUUGCUACAUGUACCUGCUUCCUGCCUCAGGAGUCCCAAAAGGCAGCAGGACUUCUUUAGUUACUUACUGCCGGUGUCUGUCAUUUUAAGGAAUAUUGAAUAACAAACUCUGUAUUGUGUCACAGUUGGGACAUAUUUACUGUCCUAAUUUUUGGAUGUGAUGGAGGCCAAGAGAGAAAGAAGACAAAGAUUCACAAGCAGUGUUUCAGCCCACUGGAGGAAGUCAGACGUCACCCCCCUGAAGCACAAACCAUACACACUUCAUCUUUUGGAACGCACAAGACACAUGAAACCCAACAGAGAAGAGUCAACAGAAGUGAACUGACAAAGUUAUGGCCAACAACGUUGUUGUUCUGGUUUCUCUUCUGUGCAGUCUGAGUGGGGCACUAGCAGGCAGCAAUGUGUCUUGCUACAGAAUUGAGCCGGGGACUAUGGCAGGCAUCAUCUCUGCAGAUUUGAUGCUGACUCUUCUCAUUGUUGGUAUCACCUACAAAUAUGCAAGCUACCGGCGUCAGAAAGUAGAUAAUGCUGACAAGAUUUAUAUGAAUGUUCGGGCCAACAUCAAGAAUAAAGAAUGAAGAUUUGAUUCAUUAUUUGCCUGAUUUGGUUGCUUUAGUAGGUUUUUAAUACAACUAUUUUUU